AUGGCCGACGAGACUGCUUCACGGCGAUGGCGCUUCCAUUCCGAGAUUGUCACCGUCAAGAUCGGACAGAAUCCAACCGAAAACUUCUUUAUCCACGAAGGAACCCUCAAGCAGCACUCUGACUUCUUCAAGGCCGCCAUGGACAAGAAAUGGAAGGAAGGCCAGUCGAUGGUCAUUGAGCUGCCAGAAGACAAGUCUGAGGUUUUCUCCCACUACGCAGAUUGGCUCUAUUGCGGUGUUUUGAGCCCUGUAAGCUUCGACGUGGAUGAUACUGAGGGGCGGACUCUGAACAAAGCGAGCUCCUACAACGACCUCCUGGCUGAGAUGUAUGUGUUCGGCGAGAAAUUUCUAAAUCCGAGAUUCUGCGACGCCGUUAUGUGCGCAAUGUGCAAGAACGCUCAGUACACCAUACCAGACAUGUGCACUAUCGAGAUCAUAUAUAAUGGCACCAACUCGACGUCUCCUGUUCGCCGCUAUCUGGUCGAAUAUUGGUUGUCACAGAGUCUGAAAUACGGCGAGCUCACCAUUUACGAGGAUGAGGAGGACAGGCUUCAUCCCCAAUUCGCGAUAGAACUCCUGCGCGCUUUCAUGACACAGCCAAAAAAGGGGGCUUAUUAUUGGGACCCAGGAUCAGAGCCCAGGAAGGCAUGGUUGAAAGUCAAGUGA